CCCGCCCUGCCCUGUCUCUGCCUCCCUCCAGCUGGGCCCUGUCUCUUGUCUGCUUGCCUGGAUGCUCCAGCAACCAUGAGCCGCCAGUUUAGCUCUCGGUCGGCGUUUAGCUCAAGGAGCAAGCGGGUUUACAGCCUUGGCUCUUCUGCAGGCUCUGGUGGUGGCAGAUGGGCUGUGAGCUCCGUGUGUCAGGCCCGAGGCAGGUGUGACGGUGGUGGGUACGGCAGCCAUGUGAAGGGGUUUGGCUCCCACAGCCUCUACAAUCUAGGUGGCACUAAAAGUAUCUCAGUUAACCUAGUGGGAAGAAGCACCAGUGGUUUCCGCCAGGGAAGGGGAGCAGGGGCAGGGGGCCUUGGAGGGGCCAGAAACUUUGGGGGUGCCGGCUUUGGAGGUGGUGGUUUUAGAGGUGGCACUUUCUGUGGUUUUGGGGGUGGUGGCUCUGGAGGUGGUAGCUUUGGAGGUGGUGCUUUUGGGGGUGGUGGCUUUGGAGGUGGUGGCUAUGGAGGAGGUGGUUUUGGGGGUAGCAAUUUUGGGCUUGGGGGCUUUGGUUAUUCUUGUCCCCUGGGGGGCAUCCAACAGGUGACCAUUAACCAGAGCCUCCUACAGCCACUUGACCUGGAGGUGGACCCUGAAAUUCAGAGGGUCAAGACCCAGGAGCGGGACCAGAUCAUGGUUCUCAACAACAAGUUUGCCUCGUUCAUUGACAAGGUGCGAUUCCUGGAGCAGCAGAACCAGGUGCUACGAACAAAAUGGGAGCUGCUGCAGCAGGUAGACACGUCGUCUCGGGACUUCAACCUGGAGCCUGUCAUGGAGAACUACAUCAGCGAGCUGCGGAGGCAGGUGGACUUCCUCCAAGCAGAGCAGAUGCGCCAGAGAUCGGAGGUCAUGAGCAUGCAGGGUGUGGUGGAAGACUACAAGAACAAAUAUGAGGACGAAAUCAACCGGAGGACCAACAAUGAGAAUGACUUUGUCAUUCUGAAGAAGGAUGUGGAUGCUGCUUAUAUAAACAAAGUGGACCUGCAGUCCAAGGUGGACGUGCUGCUCGGGGAGGCCAACUUCCUGAAAUCUAUAUUUGAGAUGGAGCUGUCCCAGAUGCGGACCUACAUCAGUGACACCAAUGUCAUCGUGUCCAUGGACAAUAACCGCUCUCUGGAUCUGGACAGCAUCAUCGAAGCGGUGCAGAUGCAGUACGAGAUGAUCGCACAGAAGAGCAAGGAGGAGGCCGAAGCGCUGUACCAGACCAAGUACCAGGAGCUUCAGAUGACAGCGGGAAGACAUGGCGACGAUCUGAAGAUCAGCAAGAUGGAGAUUGCAGACCUCAAUCGCAACAUCCAGAGGCUGCAAGCUGAGAUCAGCAACGUCAGGAAGCAGAUUGAGCAGAUGCGUGGAGUCAUUUCGGAUGCAGAGGAGAGAGGAGAUCAGGCUCUCCAGGACGCGGGGCAGAAACUGCAGGGCAUGGAGGAGGCCCUGCAGCAGUCCAAGGAGCACAUGGCCCGGCUGCUGCGUGACUACCAGGCACUGCUGGGAGCCAAGCUGUCCCUGGAUGUGGAGAUCGCCACCUACCGCAGACUGCUGGAGUGCGAGGAGAGCAGGAUGUCAGGAGAGCUGCAGAGCCACGUGAGCAUCUCCGUGCAGAGCAGCCAGGUGUCUCUCAGCGGCGCAGGAGGCGGCGGUGGAAGAGGCGGUGGAAGAGGCGCUGGAGGUUACGGCGGAGGCGGCAGCAGCUGGGGCUACGGCGGCGGCGGCGGCGGCGGCGGCACCUCCCUUGGGGGUGGCGGGGGCUAUGGAGGGGGCAGUGGAGGUGGUUACGCGAGCGGCAGCGGUGGAAACUACGGAGGGAGUAGCAAAAGCAGCAGCAAGUUCGGGGGCAGAGGCGGCGGCUCCUCCAGACUGCAGAUCAUCCAGACUUCUACCAACACCUCCCACAAGCACAUCGUGGAGUAGAGGCGAAGGUUUCUGUGACCCCUCGCUCCUGUCCCCUCCUCACACCCCUCUGAUCCCCCCAUACUUACUUUUUUCUGAUGGGUCUCAGCAGUUUUGCCAGUAAAGUCCACUCUAGAGGAGGAAGCCGGUGGGUAGCCCCAAACAGCAGAUCUAUCUAUGCAGGGCACUGGCUGGCAGGCAGAACACAGCCAGUCGCCUUGCAUCUCAGACUCCACUGAGGGGCCCUGCUCCUGCCCGGGGCACCCAGGGCCCAGGUUAGCCAGAAGGUAAAGAGCAUCUGCAAGGCCAGUAAUGAGAGCCCAGGUCGAGCACACCAGGUUCCUCAGUCUCAGGCUCCCUUUCCUGAACCUGGGCUGCCCUGGGAACAAGACUCCAUCCCUCAGGGACCCACAAAUGAGGCCUUUGGGUGAGUGGCUGAUGGCAAGGCAAGCUAGCUUGGUAAAGGGCUCCUCUGUGCCAGAAACUGAUUCCUGCUUCUUGGUCUGUAGUCUCACCAUGUGGAUGGAGACUGUGUCCUAUCGGCCUGAUUCUGACUCUGUCUCAAGAAGCAUUACCCCCUGGAUUAACAUCCCAGGUGGGAGUAUUUCAGAGGGCUGAGCGAGUGUCCACAGGGAGGGCCGUCGUGAGCAGCGAAGGGAAGAGUCGAUGGAUGAGCAUUCCUCCUGCUCUGUCCUGCCCCUCCUGCUCCAUUCUUUGGAAGCCUGGCCCUUUCUGAAAUCUGCUCCACAAUGACCCUCCUGAGAAUUGUCCAGCAAGCUGAGCACAUGCAGCCCAGCCAGGCUCUGUCCAGGUGCCCAGCCCCUGAGCAGUGUGAAUGAUCAGACUUGCGUCUUGGGCAGUUCAGUCUGAACCAGGCUGUGAGCUGCCCUUAUUUACAAGGUAGCUUAGUGCUCUUUCCCAGACUGCGAAAUCCCUUCUGCCUCCUGUUCUCUGUGACUGAGCACUGCGUGAGAACCUGCCUCCUCGCUUUGGGCUUUACAUAAGAUGCGUGAGAUGUGCUGAAGGGGACAACAAAGGGCAGGUAUUGGCCAACUAAUGGGCCUUGAGAGUGGGAAGGUGGCUUUGCUUCUAAGACCUGAAGUCACCUUCACUGGCUUGCUGAGUCCUAACACAACGUCCAAGCUCAUGAUUCUCUCGGUGUGGUCCCUGGGGAGUGCUGUGACAUCCUCAUUUCCAGGGUGAAGGUUGUACCUUGAAGGGCUUGACA